AGGAAACCACGGCAGAACAAUACGUGGCUGCUAAGAAAUGUACCUGCAGGUCAGUCAUGCAGUCCUGCAGUUCUGCUCUCCGUGUCCUGAUCUUACUGGUCGCUAUGUUAAUUGUGGUGUCUGAGUCCGCUCUUCCUUCAGUGAAGGUGAAGCUUCAUGACUCUGCUACUCUGCCCUGCUCUGAGAGAUGCUCUGGUUUGGUCAGAUGGUCUGUGUUCCAUAAACCCACUGAUGUUCUGGCUGAGUGUGAUCAGACUUCAUGUAGAUCAAAGGAGGGAUAUCAGAUGAUCCAUGAUCAGUACCUGAAGGGAGAUUUCUCUCUCAUCAUCACUGAAGCUGAUUUCACUAAGAGGGAUUGGUACACGUGUGACUGUGAUGGUAAAGAUCUGUGUGAUGUCCGUCUUCUGGUUCAGCCCAUGAACAUUCCAGUCCAGUUAAAACCAGGUGAAACUCUGAUGCUGGAUUUGGACAUACCUGAUACAGUGGAGGUGAUGCAUAACAGCACAGGAGCAGCAGAUCGAUCCAGUGGUCAGAUCUGUACAGUGGAUGGACGCUCAGCACAGUGUAAACCUGAAUACACACAGAGAGCGUCUCUAACAUCUGCUCUUGCGCUGAGAGCAGUGACUCCAUCUGACAGUGGAGUUUAUACUGUAAUGGACCAAAGGAAUGAAGAGGCCAUUCAUAUCUACGAGGUGACCAUCCAAGGUGAUGGUGAUGAUUCUGAAGCACAGAGACAGACCCACAGUCGCUCUCGCCGCAGUGCUCCAUCAGAUCGCGAGCCGUGCAUUUGCAAAGAGGGAGCUGCUGGAUGGAUGCUUCCAAUGCUGGUUGUGCUGGCUGUGGCAGUGGCUGUGCUUCUUCCUGCAUGUGUGAUUUUAGUGGUGAAGAACAAACAGCUGAGUAAAAAUCAGCAGCAUCCAGGGGAACCUCUUAUGAAUGGACAUGCUAAGUAGGUUCCAAUGACUGUCCUGGGUAAUAACGGUGCAGAAGAACAGCAGAGACUGGCAGAGCUCAGUAAUGACCAGGCAGACUAAGAGAUUAUUCUUAAUCUUUCCUUUUCUUUCUCCUGCUCUCUCUCUCUUGCUUUUCCAUUCCUAGGGAAUGUGAGAGUGGAUGUUUAUAUUUGUCAGUGCAGAGAGUCCAGCACUGUCUGCUGUUCAUCAGCAGAGCUUUGGAAUCUCUUACUAACCCUCUUAACCCCUUAUCAGGCCAAAGUUUUACUACACACCUGUAGAACUUCUCAGAGCAGCUCAGCUAGUUCUGCAUUGAAGUCCCAGUUCCAGUGCAGUUACUGAGUAAUAAUCCUUGGUAUGUAAUAACCCUGGGAUUUUAAGGGGUUAAACUGAAGGUUCUCUAAAUCUUAAGUGCUCUUUGACUGCCAAGAUCUUAAUAGAGAAACGCCUGUGUUUCUUAGUGAAAGUCAGAUCUGAGUAAUUGUUUACCCAUCUUUACACUACACUGGACUGUUACUGUGGACAGACUGUUCUCUAGUGAAUUCAACAAUGUGAAGUUUUUUCAGAAAGGAAUCAUCAGUGUCUAGUUCUCAUCAGUAUCUAGUUCAGUAAGUUUGGGGAUGUUACACUGGCCAAGUAUUUAAUCCAGAUAAAAACUGAACUGGGCCUCAUUUCUACAGUGCAGCUAAGUGGGAAGCUUGUUUAAUCAGGUCUGUAAAAUUUUGUUCCCAUGGUAGAGAGUGAUGGGUGACCUUCUGUGGAGCUCCACCAUCUAGGACUCUUAUUGUACAAGUGCAGCUGAAGGAAAUCUCAGGUUCAGUGUUGGUACUAUGUGAGGUCCAAGUGAGCAGAAGUGGCUGAAAACAGGCAGAGCAAUUCUGACCGAAGUCAUUUGUGACCCAGAGUCCAAGAGAGCAUCCCUGGACGUUGGGAGCUUGUUGAGCUCCAGUGAUGGUGUGUUGGCAUCACUUUGAAAAGAUGUGGUGGAGCUUGGUAGUAUCAUGUGACGGGAGGUCUAGCUAAUGGGGGGAAUUGAGUAUAACUAAAAUAGAGAGAAAAGAAAAUGAGGAAUCAGGGAGUGAAGGAACAAAAGUGGAGUGAAGGGAGUUGGAGUGCAGCCUGAUGACCAGUUGAUGGCUAAAGGACUGUUAUGGACUGCAGAUUGGAUUCCUGAUUGGAUGUUUAAUUGUUUUUAAGUGCAGUAAACAGGCUUUAGACAUUUCUUCUCUCUUGCUCUGCCCCUUUUACUUACACAGAUCAAAGAAUAAGCUCACUGUAGCUUUAUUGCACCUUGGAUUAGAAGAAGAAUAAUGUAUUACAUGAAUGUGUUUUUCAGUGGGCAUGUUUACAUACACAGCUACCUGAUGUAAGAUCAAAAACACCCAUAAGACAUUCUCCCUUUAAUCAGCAUUUCAUUUCCCCACACAAAUGUCUGUCCAGCAGCUGGAAGACAUCUGGAACACCAGUCCUUCCCUUCAGAGUAAGCCUGGGUCAGUAUAGACAGUGAAGGUGUCCACACUGGUUACGGUGCCAUUUAUGAGGGGCACAACAAAUUCAUGGUUGGCCUUAAUCUGAAUUUCAGUCCUGCAGACGAGGGGGGAGUAAAGAUACAUGCAUAAACGAGAAUAAAUGAUAACUGCAGUAUUUGGGAAGCAUCAUUCAAACUGCAAUAAGAGAGACACCAGCUUGAUAGUAGUAUAAAACAUAAAAAUGAAACCAGCAUAAUUUUGAUAUGCUAAUGUCCACCAUUCAUGUCUUUGGUGUUACAGUGAGCUGGUUGAUACUGCCAUGUUCAGAUUUGGAUGAUUUUAGUGUUUAUCUAAUGCCAUAGGACAAAAUAAGCUGUGUUCAUUAGCAGUGUAACGAUACACUCAGCUCAUUGAUACACAAUGCUGGUACUGAUAUUUUAAAUGAAAAUGAAAUGCAGAAAAGCCUGACUAUAAUCACGUGCUGAAUGGUAUGAACAUGCUGGAGUGGGUCGCGUAUUGAGCUGGUAGUUCAGCAUUUAAACAAUGUAACUGCAUUAGAUGUCAUGAUAGGAUGACCAUUAACCCAUUUUAAACUGCAAAGUCGUGAUGUUUUGAUGCAUUAUUACGCCUCUAGCGUCCGAAAUACUUCCAAGCCUUUAUUGCACGUGUUGCAAUUGCAAGAUAAGAAUAUAAUUCAGCUGGCAGAUCUGCUGCAGGGACUUUUUAAAAAUAUUUGCUUUUAUGCCUGUAAAUGCCUUUUGUUUUUGCAGGGUGUUCUCAGUAUUAUGAAGGGUGUUUAUUACUUUGUGCCAAAGCUGUUUGUCUAUAAAUGCGAAUGCUUUCAGUGAGGUAGCUUGAGACGUCUGUGUGAAUAUUCUGUUAUAUGUAUAAAUGUUUCUGUGCCUGCUUUAAUUUCAUUUGUGUAAUUCUGUGCUGUUUUAUGAGGCUGAAGUAAGACAACAUAACACCUGUAAGACUGAACCGAGUGCCUUAGGCCUGUUUCACACACACUCAUUCACUCCCUCUGUGUGCCCUGAGUGGCUGCAGGUCAGACACGCCUACGUUUACAUUUACGGCAUGUAGCAGACGCUCUUAUCCAGAGUAACCUACACUUUGAUCAUUUUACACAGGUAGGCGAGGGGGUUCUAGUGUAAACUACAGCCAUACACACAUCCAUCCAUUCCAGCUGGAUAACGGUCAUAUCAGUUACUUCACAUAAGAAGAAGUAGCUCUAUCAGAAGAUGUGUAUGUAGCAUGAACUGGUGUGUAAUUGAGGGAUAACAGAAUGUGUUAUUUAUUUUAUUUAUUUGUUUCUUUUUUCAUUGGUUUCUGUAGUUUUUUCUUUUUAACGUGGGAAUUGAAAGCGAACAAGUCAUUCAGAGCAUGUAGAGGUGAAUGUGUGUGAAACAGGUCCUCAACACCAUCAAACUGUCAGUGCACUGAAUCUAAAUGUACACAUGGCACAUUUUUGUAGUUUUAUAUUAAACUUUUCUUUUUAA